AUGCAGACGAUAACACCGCGGCCAGUCCCUGGUUUGAAGUCCUUAGUUAAGUAUUAACCAGAGAUCGUGUGUAGGAACUUACGCAAUCGCAUUAGGCAAAAAUGAAGUCAGUGCUCGUCACACUUCUGCUCGUUUCUGUUGCUUUUGCCGAUACUCAACACAGUAUGUUUUUUUGAAUAUACUACUCUCGUAGUCAUACAUGGAGUGCCAAUGAACGCAAACUUUGAAAUUGUCAUAAGAGUGGAAGCUUCAAGUUCGGUACGUCAAGCGAAUAUUCUAUACGUCGCUGAAGUUCAUUGUUAUUGUCAGCAAAUAUUCACAUUUGUCUUCGCACAGUUCAGCAAAACGGACUCAGGUUUUGUUGAAAGCACGCUGGACAAAGACUGCGGGGCGCUUAACAUGUGUGUGCAAUUACUACCACGUGAGUGUGCUUUGAAUGAUUAAAAUUCAUAUGACCUUUAUUCCAUGCAUUUGAUCGAAAGCAGCGAUAAACACGUUUUUUCUUCGAUUUGUAUUUCGUUAAGGAAUUUUGUUUGACAAGUAGGUUCUUACACUUUUUACUUUCAGAAUUAGUAAGAAUGUUUUAUAUGCCGCGUAACACCAGCUAACUUAUAUUCUUCUUAAACUCCUUAGUGGACCUGAAAGAUCAAAGUUGAUGCAGUUCGCGGAGUACUCAAUUACCUUAAUAUGCCUGGGAUGCUUCAUUUAAUCGCAGAAGCAAAUUAAAUGCUCAUGUGGCAACUUUUGACUUACACCGUUUUUUUCCGUCUGGACAGCAAAACGCAGUCUUCAAGUAUACGGAGAUCCCAAGACUGCCAACGCAAAGAUUCUCAUCAUUCCCGAAGAUGAUAGUCGGGAGAACUUCAGAUUAGCGAUAGUGCCAAGCGUCGGAUGCUAUCCCAGUACAUCUUUCUAUAACCGUUUUUGCACUGUCGCCGAUUGUGUGCAAUUAAUCUUUAAAUUGCUCUGAAUCAUGAACUGCCAUCGUUUGCAGUCUUAACGUAACCUGUUGCUCAUUUCGAAUAUGCGUCUUCCAUUGACAGAGCCCUAUAGUGUCUUAUUUACUGAAGCAUUCUGCGCCAAACGCGAUUUUAUGGACGCGCUGACACUAGUGUUUGACGAAGACAUUAAGGUAAGCAAACAUUGACUUGCAUUACGUGCUGAUUUGUGUUAUAAUUUGUUUCAAAUUUGAACGGCAUUUAUAAUAUGAGAUGUAAUCGCGCCCUUAGCAGAUUGCGCAUAUAUGUGUUUUUGUGAAACCUGAUACUUGCACGAAAUCUGCUCUACAUUCUGAAGGAAAUAAAAUUGGAUGGCCAUGUUUCAAGGUACCUAGAGAAUUCGGCUGCUGAUGGCGCGGAGGUGUUUAUACCAUACGGUUAGUUGCAAUUGCAUGCUGACAAACUGAGAACAUAAAGAUCGGCCCGAGCAUUAAACUGUUACUUGAAUAUUUUAGAGCAAAUCGAUGGUCAGAGACAUAAACUCUUGCGGAUCACCGGCACAGUAAAGGACACCAGCAUAUCAUUCACGCUGAUAAACUCUGCUGGAGUUGAGGCAAACCACAUUAUCCAGCCUCUCAACAAUAUGCAGGUGCGGCACAACCCAGUACGGUUCAUCAGAUGGGAAAGAAAAUGCUUACCAGCACCGUGCAUGUGCCAAAUCGACUAAUGAUUCUAAAACCCCCUUUGCAAUUUCCAUUUAUUUUCCUGUAGCCGAAAUUAGCAUUGAUAAAUGAAUAAACUUCUGCGCUCUCUGGAUCUGCGGUCUUCGCAAUCGGCUAACCUUUUUUAUACCCUUCAUCUAAAACCCCCUUUGCAAUUUCCAUCUAUUUUCCUGUAGCCGAAAUUAGCAUUGAUAAAUGAAUAAACUUCUGCGCUCUCUGGAUCUGCGGUCUUCGCAAUCGGCUAACCUUUUUUAUACCCUUCAUCUACUCGUAUAUUUUUCUGUCAACUAAAGAACGCUUUGGUAAAGAAAAUUAAAAAAUCUAUGUCUGGGGCAUGUCUGGGGUUGUUCUACGUUUCAUCGUAUUUGUCUUGUUAGCUUUAUUCAGUUAUGUCAACUUUAGCCGAAUUUCACCCUGUUUGCAGUGAAUCAGGAAGAAGCUUGACCAUCAGGUCCAGUAGAAUAGAGGUGAACAUGGACUUUCUAUCGAAACGGUCCACAAGGUUUUUAAACAGUAAGCCUACACCGUUAAGUUUCGCCAGGAACUGUUUUGAGUUGCCGACAGUGGUGUUCGAAUCAGCAGUCUGUGUUUAAAUACAUUGUCGGUGGACUUUUUUAACUACUAGAGAAGAGGGGAUUUCACUGAGUCAAUCAAAAUAACCUUUUGGUAGAGGUUCGGAAUUGUGGACGAGAGAGCGGACGUACUGAUGGCACAACAGUUAUUCUAUAAAAACUUAUUUUCUGGUUAAAUUAAUCCCGAAGACGAUCAAAGAUGGAAGUACAAGGUUCAUACGACUUGUCAGCAAGAUUUGGCGUUACCAUCUUUAACGAAAACCACCAAAUCCAGCGUCAAACGACUCUGUAGUUUGAUGGAGCCCACUACACCGAACAAUCCGGCAUUCUUACCCCUAACAUUAUCGCAAUGACUUGGCCUAGUUGAAAGUCAUCAAUUUCGUCUCUGUCUAUUUUGUCUCCGAAUCAUGGGACCGUCAAUUUUCGAUAAACCAAUUCAGGCGGUGUCUCGUGGUGUUCCAUGCCCAAGUAUCCACCAAUUUUCAGACGAGAAGAGGGAAUUGAAAAGUUCCUCAUGAAGGAAGACAUAGAGCAUAAUUCUUAUUGCAUCCACUUUUUCGCCACAGACUGUGCUAGGUUGAAAAUUUCUUCGAAGGUUUUUGGAGAUAUGUGUAGGAUAAAAACGCAUGCAUUCACUGAUAGUGACUCAGAAACUAGGCUCAUAUACGAAGACUGUCAAAACGAUAAGUUUUCAACAACCGACCGGCAACGCUGUCAGUACUCAAUUUCGUUCAGGCAAGGGAUUUAAACCCCAAAAACGGAAGGACUGUAGCCAUUAGACGUGAAACUCUGCUCCGUCAGACAUCUCCUCAAGCUAAAGCCCUCAAAUACAGCCCAAAUACAGGUAUCAACUCAGAAAAAUUUGCGUGAUAUCCGCCCUCUGAGGACGGAACGAAGUUAUCAGUGUUUGAUAUUUGGGCAUCGAUAUAGAAAACAGGAAGAUUUUUAUGUUAUUGAGACCUCUCUUUGUUGGGUAUUGAUGGGGCCAGUAUCUAGAGAAAAUCUUUGAGAAACAAAUAUGUAUUUUCUGUGCGAGACGGAUCCAGUCAGAUCAAAGGCAAUGCAUAUGCGUGACUUCGAUUUGAUGACCUUGAGCUUUUGAAUAGCGCUUACUCAGCGGAGGAUAAAAAGUUUUUGAUGUUGUUCGAAUUCAAUGCGAACUUAAUUCAUGGAUACUUAAAAGUCACUUAACAUUUGAAAAACCGUUCCCUUUCUGUCUGGCAGUACACCCGUUGCUCAAAGACAUGCAUAUGCUUUGAAAACCGGUCUUUAAAAACCUGUGAAUAAAAGGAGCUAAAAGAUAUGCCUUUUUGUGUAAGGAAACAAGGGCUACACAUAAUCUGUUAAAUGGGCCCCUGUCAAGGCAUCAGGUCAACUUAAGUAUUUACCCCAACACUCCGUGGUAAAAUCGAUGCAGCAGGAGAAACUUAGGAUGGUACUCAAAUUUGUCUCAUUCUCCAAUUACUGCAAAGACCAGACCAAGCUAACGGUUGCUGUGGCGUUUCGGCUCCAUUCCAAUAGUACCCGUACAUAGCGGUGACAAAUGUAGAAAUUAUGCUCCAACAAGUACGAAUUCCCAAAACCUCAACUUUCGUGUUUACGCGUGGUUGGCAAGUGCUGACCUAGAACUCAGUCCGGAUGCCUAGUAAAUUGCAGUCUACUCGGUCGGGAAAAUCUCUUACCUAACCCUAACCCUAAACCUAACCCUAAGCAUAACCCUAACCCUCUAACCCUAACCCUCUAAUACUAACCCUAACCAUCUAACCCUAACCCUACCCUGUCACCCUAACCCUAACCUCCUAAACCUAUGCGUAACCCUAACAUUUACACUGUAACCCUCACCCUAACCAUAACCUUCAUAUCGUAACCCAAACCCUAACACUCUAACCCUAAUCCGCACCAUUAGCCUUACCUUCUAACCCUAACCCUCUAACACUUACCCUCUAACCCUAACCCUAACCCUUUAACACUAGCCCUCUAACCCUAACCCUAAACUCUAACCCUCUAACCCUAACCCCAUAACCCUUACCUUCUAACUCUAACCGCUCGCAAGGGGUGACAACCGCGUGAGCCGCGAGCUGCUCGAGUCAGGCUUUUCAGGACCGCAAUUCAUCAACAAACUCAAUGACCUCCCGGUGCCCUAUUCCGUGCUGCCAUUUCCCUGGGCAGGAGAAUCAGUCACGUGGGGAUGGCGCGGGCGAGCAACCGUCACCAGCAAAACAGGGGACAUCAGUGUAUCCUUCACGUUGAGAAACCCAUCUGGAGAAGAGACACAUUAUUUAGCACACAUUCAACGAUCUUAAGUAGUUUUUCUCCCAUAUGAUUAACCGUGCCAGAUUGCGCUGCAACUGUAUUUUGUUAACUGGCUGCAUAAUGCUGUUUGUCUCCAACUUCAGCAGGAUUUAUCGGUGUCAAUGUUACACUAAUGUCCUCUAUCUUACCGGUUAUCUGCAAUAUUUUAUAGUUCUGACAAAUUAUUUGCUCCGAAACAUUUAAAUCCGAAGUUAAUUAGUGCUGGGCUAUGACUUUUGACAGGGAAUACAAAUACAAAAACCCGUUUUCGGCGCUAUUCAUUAUACGCGAAGAAUAGAUCCGGUUUCCAAAUUGAAAUCAUUUGGAAUAGUUCUCAGUCAAGGGUUAUUACUCUGAAUGCUUUAAAGCCUGUAUGGGUCGGAAUGUUUGUUCAGUUAACUUUAUAACUAUCUGUACGUUGUAACCAUCCUUUUUACUGGGAUGGCCUGAAAUGCGGUUAAAUUAAUUGAAAUAAACGCCGCAAUGGUAAUUCUGCGCGUGAAGUGAACUGCAUUGUAGUAAAAUAUCCGUAAAUAUUGUGCCAAAUUAGCAGGAGUUAGAUGUAGAAUUGAAAUAAAUGAUAGGAUUGUUAGGGAACAAUCGAUGCGUAGCGAAAUUAACAAUAUGAUAAUAUUGUGAAAAGCCAGUUAACAGUGUUGAUUGAUGUGGUGAAACUGUCAGUAGCCUUGGUCUUCAUUAGCUUCAACUUGAAUAACUGUGAAACAAAAAGCCAAGCGUUUUUCACAAACGACAAAUCCACGUCACUUUUAGAAUGAUUAAGAAUUAUCAAGUGGAAACACAUGUGGGUUCAUUCACUGACUGACCUACUUUAUGAAAUCUUAUCCGAAAUUCUAAAAUAAUAUGAUUGAAAACUGAUAAACUUGCGGCAUAAUCCAUUUACAUAUCAAACGCGUCCUUAUGUUGGGUUUUUAAUGCAUUCCUUUUAAUCUCCUUUAAAAUCCAGACUCGGCAAAAAUGACUCCUUAACUAGCCUACAAUUUGCGCAUUGAUGUUUGACUCUUAUAAAUCGAAAUAUAUUUUACAGACAACGCGCACAAAAACGUGCUUUCUUUAAUUUAUUCGGUAGCAAAGCAUUUUAACUGUGCAUGCUAUGCUUGAACACAGGGCAAAUUUAAGUUAAAAAGUUUUUAUAGAUAAUACAAUUUUUCCGGCCGUGCAGUGUUAAUUUAUGCAGCAUUGUUCCUGUCUGUGUUCCAUUGAUCCUUAUGCAAUGUACAACACAGCCCGCAUUUGUAGCAAAUUUUCAUGUGUCCUAAAUGGAACUUUCACAAAGCUACAAAGGGACAAAUUAUUAUCCUUACAGGGAAAGAUUGGGCCUCGUUGAAUGGAAUCGCUAAACGGUAAUGCGACAGCUGAUCUGGCCUCAAAAUUUUCGGGAAUCGGCAAACUUUUUUUAACCUAAAUAUACCGUUUUAUGAAGCAUAAAAUGUGAAAUCGACGUGAUUUGCAGCCGAGUGAGCUAAAGAAAGCAUAUUUGUGCAUGUUUUCUAUAAAAUAUAUUUGAAUUUAUUAAACAGUAGAAAAUCAAUGCAAAAAAGCACGUUAUAUAAGGAGUCAUUUUUACCGAGUUUCGAUUUUGAGGGAGAUCAGAAAGAACUGCAUUCAAAACCCGGAGUUCUGGCGAGUCUGAAAUUAAACCGAAUAAUGCCGCAUGGUAUUUAGUUUCACAAAUCUUACCUAAAUAACUCAUCGAAAUCGAAAGCGCAUUUCAGAAUUUUGGUCAGCAUUUCAUGAGAUAGGAUACUCAAUGUACCAUCCCAUGCAGGAUUUUUGGUUGCUGUUUGUCAGCACAAAAUCCUUCAGUUGAUUCGUAUUCCUAUUACAGAAACGAUCAGCUAACGUCUCUACCAAUUGUUAAAUGUUUUUUUUUCAUAAGCACAUUAUCUUUCACUUCAGCGUUGCUGAAUUUGGAGGCUCUUCUACAACGAUCAUCUUUCAGAAUAUUUCUAGUGUGACCUUUUCAACUCAUAAAAUGAACUUUUCAAUUUGGAUUUGUAGAAAGUCGCUGGUUCAUAUUUUUAUUGUCCGCACCAAAGGCAUGUACGUGUUAAUCCAAUUUGACAUGCCUUAUCAUUAACAUCCCGGGUUUAACGCAAAUUGAGGUUCAGUUUCCAGAUACUGCGUUUUCCGAACAAAAAAAGCUUAGCAAAAACGUUGUGGCGCCAGCACAGAAAAUUCGCCUUGGUUCAAACCAGAGACAAGUCAGUUUUGGGAAACCUAGUUAGUAUGCAUUUGUUGGCUUAUGAAAAUAAUAACUAAACCAGUACAAUUAUGUAGGAACGGGCUGAGGUUAAAUAUGCCAAUAAUUUGAAAAAUCACUGAAAAUGACGUAGCUAGCCCUCAUAAUGCUGUUAAUGAGGCAUAUCUCCCGUUACAUUUUAUGCAGGAAAUGAAAUCAUCUGGUUCUCCUUCUUAUUUAAGAUGCAACUUUGAACAGAAAACAUGACGAUAGAUUCCUAAGGGGUGCUUUUUAGAAGAAAUCCGGUCUGGACAAUACAAAAACAUUGACACUUAUGUACCUCUCCAAAACCAAGAAAUCUAUUCCAAAACCAAAAACAUUGACCAGCGUCUAGCAUUUAGGAGAUGCUUAGAAAGGGUCGAAACUUGCUUCGCAAAAAUGGGCAUCUUGGGCAGUUUUUUGCAAAGAACACUACCAAACGAAAGGAAAUAUAUACGUCUUUGGCUGCUAAGAAGAAAAAUAUGUUCUCAAAUUUCCUUCUCCGUUAGACGCUGCGAGUGAAUUCCUAAGAUAACGCCAUGCUGAAACUGAUUUAAGAAUCUUCUCAGUUGUAAAGUUUUUCAUAUUUUUUCCUAUUACCUUAAUUUACCCAGAGAAGUUAAAAGGGUUGCGACCAAAGACCACAACAAUGUGCGCCUUUCUUUUCAUAAAGUACUUUAAAGCAGGUCGAGUUGUUGGCGCGAGUCUUCGCCUUUUGAAUUGAAUACGAGAAAAUCUCCCGGCAUAACUCAGAAAAGAUGAAACUAGGAGCAUGAAUAGCGCCAUCCGUGCAGAUUUUGUUGAUUCCAACGGGACGUUUCGUGUGCAUUUAAGGUCUCUCCAAGCUACCCUAGGCUACUAUGUCAGCGUCUGUUUACAACAACAGAAAUGGUCGCAAUUAGGUUACGACAACCAAUCUCUUGUUCGCAGAUGAACCGUGCUCAGGCUCUGAGUCUAACGUGGUCGAAGGCCCAUUAGCACUGUAACUCUCCUCACCAUUCUGCUCUCACUUAAUUGAUGUUUUUUUAAAUAACUUGAAGCGAGUUUUCCUGUCAUUGACAUGUUUGGCUUUUACUACUUUCCCAUAUAACUUUUCUGGUCCGAUUAGAAGUUAUAAAAAGCAAAUUUAUGCUUACGGCCCAUUCACUUGAGCACUGCCGCGGCGAUUUUUGGUUUCGAUAAAGUUUGUUAUGAGAAUUUAAAAACACAAAAUCAAACAAAAUAUCCGCCUGAUAGAUCAUGCCAGGAGCCUGAUGGCUCCUUCCCUGGAUCCGGAUGUCGGCGGUAUAAAACGUGACUGCGUUUUUUCGUCUCAAGAAUGUUUAUAAUGCAGUUGUGGUUUCGAUUUAUCGGUUUCUUCUUCCGUAUACUCUCUGCUCCUCGGAAUUGAAGCCCGGCAUUGCCGUAGAAAUUUCGUGAAAAUUCACAUCGGGUGACGACUCUGCCGAAGACAUGAAAUGUGAAUGACAAUUAUAACAAGGACGAUAGAUAAAUACAGGAAAACUAAACAUUUAGCUAGGGUUAUGGAUUUCUAACAAAAAACGAUAACAAAUAAAUGUAAGAAGAAUAAGUACACAGACUCGUGCAGAUUGGAGCACUCUCCAUUAUCGAUCGUCAUAUCGCAAUUGCCCUGGGCAAAGUCCAGAAAGUUCCAAUCUAAAAUCGGUUAGCUUUGUAUAUCGCUCGGGUUUAUUCCCGUCUGGAAAGAUAAGACCAAGCCAAAGAAACCCAAAGGGUUCGCAGCGCAUAAGCGCAAUCAACCAAGCCAUGACACCUCACAGCGGACGAACAGCCAGCUGUCCUCACAGCAGGCCGAAACUAGUUUUCCAUACAACAAUAUUGCCAAACGCAAUUGCACAAGAACACUAAAAGGUAAAAAAACAGAAAUAGGUAAAUACCUACAGACACGUAGGAACUAAGCAGUCCUUAUUUCCGAAACGACAUUUAUGUCAAUCGCUGGGAUAAUUUAACUCGUAAACAAGUAGCAAUACCUCUUUUCCAACCGUAGAGCUGCCUUUGCUUGUAAUAGUCCAAAGUGAUCGAAAGUGAUUAAGGUGAAUGAUGGAUAAAAUGUCCCUAGUAUUUCGGCGGAAAACAUGCCAGAAAUAGUCAAAAUUGUGAGAAACGCCAGCGUCGACAAGUUAAACAGAAUUUCCAUGUCUAGUUUAAAGGCCCUACCCCGAAUUAUCCGUUACAUUUCUUCCAGUUUAGUAUUCGUGUGUUAUAUUUAAACUUGUUCAUUGAAUCGAUGAACAUGAUGUACAACUAAGCGGCGUGCGAAACGUUUCUGUGUGCGAAUGAUUGGAGGUUGGGUCUCAUAAAGUUACUGAGCGUAUUGAAGUUGCUCUCUCACUCUAUAAGCCUGUUCGAACAAACCUGUGGAGGAUGCCUCAAAGGAUUAUGGAAAAUUUUUAGCUGUUUUGCAAUCCGCGUUUCUCAAGUUACUGUACGCUAACAUAAGCUCACUUUCGACAGGGACUUGGGACUUAUCUCAGUACAUUGACUUUGGUAGCUUUCUAGUCCACAACCACGUUGAAUUAAGAAACAAACCCUGAUUUAUGCGAAACCUUGUUCUCUACCGAGACCUUAAAUCAUCUCAACUGUGCACUCAAAAAUCUCGUUGACUGAUGAUCCGCAAUAGGCAGCAUAACGAUUACAAAAAACCAUUGGCAAUAGUUAAUUACAUCGUUCUGCUCCUAAGUGUUACGUCCUUUGGAAUUGUAUAUUCUUUUUAAAGAUCUUCGCAUAUAUAUAACAUGGAAACAUUUGACUGUAUGAUUUAGAAUAUUUCGCUUCAAAAACUGCUGGUAUGUCGGCCUCAUGCUUAACGCAAUUUUCGAUAAAGUUAACUGUUGGCACUUGUAAGUUUAACGCACUAAUAUGUAAACAAAGUGCUACAUCCAAUAGAAUUUUAGUUCGAUUUCUUUUAUAAAACAAUCNUUGGAAUGCAAUGUUAUACAACAAAAUAUCGUCCUUUACCGUAUCCCGUGCUCUAACUGCCGUUGCGUUUAUAUUGGUCGCACGUGUCGACAACUUGGGACUCGAAUUAAUGAACACAAGUUAGCUAUCCGCCGACGCGACCACUUAUCUCUCGUGUUUGCGAACGCUCUUGUUUGUGACCAUCGUUUUAAUUGGGACGGUACUGACGUGGUCGCCAUGGCUAACACCAAACACGCACGGGAAUUCUUCGAAGCUUGGCUCUCCGAUGCAGAUAGCAUUAACCGCCAUGCUGACCUAGAUGUCCACUACGAGGGUCUCCGAUCGCGAGAGACUGAUUGACGCCCACCUUAAGAACAACAACAGCUAAUGCCGACACGCCAUUCCUCCCUCCCUGCCCUACUCCCCAUCCCCCCCAACACGGUGAACCACUGCUGGGAUCACCUCCUGCACCCAUCAAAACUUGAUUCACACCUCUCCAUCGCAAGGUCGUCUGAUUACCUCUCUGUCUCCAUCCUAAACCCGCAGUGUGACAAUCCCACCUCUCACUAUUCACUUUGUCUGACGACGGGUUGUUGCCACCAGCUCACGAAUUCACGAGUAAAACUGCGUUUCCGAUGGAAUUCCUGCUUAUAUAUAUAUAUUGUGAAUUGUAAAAAUAAUUUUAGGAUUAAAUUUUUGAACCUUGGUAUUCAUGUCGACUUCGGACUGGAGCAAAUAUGCGAAAACAGUUAAUAAUUUAAAUGCACUUUAAAGUCGAUAUCUAUUUUCUCUGAGGCACAGGGGCAUUUAAAAAUCAGCGUUUGAUAAACGCCUUCAUGUGUAGUCAGAUAGGCAUAAAAUAACGCAGUAUUCAUGAAUUUGACGUGUCAAAUAAGCCAGUGAUUUAAAUGCAAGGAAAUACAAUUGGUAAACGUAAUGUGUUUGCGUUAUGAAAGCAAAUCAGUGAAGAGGAAACCCGAUGCAUUUGAUUAACCUUUAUAAAAAAGAACGACUGUAAGAUAUGAGUUUCAUUCGUCGUUUAUUGUAGACGUGUUUCUGUUUAUAUUAAUGGUCUGUGGCAGUAAGUUGGAAAUGCCUCCUUCAUACAAAUGCACAGUCCAGAGUGGGCUUUAUCGAAAGGUGUGACCAUAAUCUCUGAGCGGUGUAACCCUUUAAAGCAGAAUCUAAACAAUUUUGUUAUUCCAGAGAAGUAGACACUCUCACAUCAGCGGUAGGAUUCAAUGGAUUCUGCGGAGCAGGGCCGGAGCAGUUAUGGGGGUUGGGUAUUUGUGCAUUAACCGUUGUUUUUUAAAUAUGAAAGGUGCUGUUGAUGGAAUACCGCUGCCUUGAAAAAUGUCGAACAUGUUGAAUCAGAUGAAGGGGGGAAUACUUAGCAGAGAUCGCGCCAGCUAGUAUAAACAGACAACUGCCAACACUGACCAGUCUGCCUUCAUUCGAUUUUUGAUGAUAAAUUCGUAAUUUUCAAGAGAAACAAAUAAGGCCGACUUCAAACGAAUCUUACCUUCAUACUUCCGGGAGUCAAUUUCACUUUUCAGCCAGAGGUUAAUGGACAAAGCCCGUUUUCGGGUGUCCUCGUAUGCCGAAAAACUGAUUGAUCCCUUCACAUUUCAGUUUAGCGCAAUGAAACAUAGUUCGAUAUAAACCUAUAUUUUGUGCGUAACUAACCCAUUUUCCCUAAAAGAAGAACUGCUUACAGCCUUCUAAAAUGAGCCAAAACACUGCUUUGCUAAAAAAGUUAUCAAGCAGAAAUAAAAAUACUUUUUUGAUUAUUUUCCUACAGCGGGUUGCCGCGCGACUUUCUACGGCGUUGCAUGAUGUAUGAGUUAGAACAUAAAGGUAUUUCGAAAACUACAUCCACACAGACUCCAAAAGCAUUCACUUGGCGGACUCUCGUUAGGCGAAAAAUAUAUUUGAACUCGUCGAAAGGCAACUUAAAAAGCAUCAGAUACANCUACUGGUUGGGCUCGAGAGAGAGCCCAGAAGGCAAAUAGAACGAGUGGGCUCUGCAAGAAGGAUUGGUGAGCGCCCCCUAGCAUUGUUAAGUGAAUUAUUGCCCACAAAACUGCGACAACCUUUUCUUCUUCCACAAAGGAUACUGACCAACAGACACCUUUGGCCAACAGAGACUUUAGAGAAGAAAUAAAAUAAAGUUGCGAUUUCGAAGGAAAUUUCUGUUGACAAAGAACUCAGUGUCCGUGAACAAAAGAAAACGCAGAGUAAAUAAUUUAAGCUACUAACCUCAGGACAGCGCAUGCUUUUUAAAAAAUGUUUUGCAUUGUAAGUGAACCUCAAACCGCGACGCCAUUCCUCGUUUGCAGGCUAGUAAAGACAGGAAGGUUUAUGCAGAGGGAACGGAAGAAUAUCAGAUUGGACGAUUUAUCGAGCGCAUCUUUAUGAAAGGAAGCGUAUUCAUUCCUUGCGACUGAAGAUUUUUGGAUGACCCUAAAAUGAUACCGUUUCCUUUGCCAAAAUAUUGUUCGUAAUUAAAUCACAUGGGUCAGCUCUCAUACCGUGCAGGCCGUUGAAAGUAGUCAGUGAAGACCAAUCAAAAUCCUUGUCCAUGCUUUUCUAGGCCACUUUUGAAGCCGUCCUUUUGCCUGCUGACUGGAAAAUCUUCACAAAUUCAGAAGACGAAGAUGUCAUUACUGAAACAAGACAUAACUUGGCCUGA